AUGGCUCUCUUCGUCCCCGUUGGAUUGGCCCUAUUGGGUCUGGCCAAUGCUCAGACGCCGGUUGGCACUGAAGCCCACCCUCAGCUCACCACCUAUCGAUGCACGGUAGCCGGUGGCUGCACCGAAGCCACUAACUUCGUUGUUCUUGACUCGCUUGCACACUCGGUUCACCAGGUUAACAGCACUGUCGGCUGCGGAGACUGGGGGAAUGCGCCCAACUCGACUGCGUGCCCUACCGAGGAGGCCUGCGCGGCCAACUGUAUCCAGGAGGGCUUGACCGACUACAGCACCGUAGGCGUCACAACCAGUGGAGCCUCACUGCGCAUGCAGAUGCUCGUCAACAAUGUUUCGGUUUCGCCUCGUAUCUACCUCCUCGAUGAGACGGAGGAAAAGUACGAAAUGGUCAAGUUCACUGGCUACGAGUUUACUUUCGACAUCGACGCUACCAAGCUCCCUUGCGGUAUGAACAGUGCGCUGUACCUCUCUGAGAUGGAAGACGAUGGCGGUAAGAGCGAGCUCAACGCGGGUGGUGCUCCCCGCGGCACGGGUUACUGUGAUGCUCAGUGCUACACUACACCAUUCGUAAACGGUGUUGCUAACCUUGCUGGUGCCGGUGCCUGCUGCAACGAGAUGGACAUUUGGGAGGCCAACGCUCGAUCUCAACAAAUCGCACCACACCCUUGCAACGAGUCUGGUGUAUACCUGUGCGAGGGCGCUGAGUGCGGAUCCGGCGGUGUUUGCGACAAGAACGGCUGCGGCUGGAACCCGUACCGCCUUGACCAGACGGAUUACUACGGCGAAGGCUCAACCUUCGACGUUGAUACCACCAAGCCCUUCACGGUGGUGACACAGUUCCCAGCCAACAACUCCACCGGCAAGCUGGACGAGAUCACCCGACUGUACGUCCAGGAUGGUGUAGUUGUCAAGGCCGAGACCGUCUCCAAGGAGGGUUUGCCCGCCGUUGACUCUAUCACCUCGGACUACUGUGUUGCGAGCGGUGCCACUGCCUUUGACAGGCUCGGCGGCCUGGAGGUGAUGGGCGAUGCAAUGACGAGGGGCAUGGUCAUGGCCUUUAGUAUCUGGUGGGCUACCGAUGGCGGCAUGGUGUGGCUCGAUGGCGCUUCACAAGGUGCAGGUCCUUGCACGGACAGUGAGGACUUGCCGGAGAACAUUCUCGCGGUCGAGCCCGAGCCCGAGGUCACCUUCAGCAACUUGAAGUGGGGUGAGAUCGGCAGCACAUUUGCUACCAACGGUACAUCAAAGUACAGGUGGGCGAGAAAGUACUUGUAA